CCACACCCACACCCACACCCACACCCACACCCACACCCACACCCAUUGUCUUAUUCUUUCUAUUAUUCAUUUUCUAAACAGACGGAUGAAGCUUCUCGACUUCUUCUCUUGUCUGUCUAUUGUCUCUCUCCUAUCUAUGUAUAUAUACUUGCUGUUCUCUUCAAUAAAAUCAGAUAUUCAUUCAUCCAAAAGGUGAUAUAUAUGUAGCUAUUAUUAUGAGCAAAUAAAUAGGUAUGCUAGGUUUUACAUAGAAAAACUAAAGCUGAUUAAAUUUUCAAAUUCUUUUUAAGUAUUAAAUAUAUUUGGAAUGACUGCAAAGCUCUUAUCACGAGAAGAAAUUUUAAGUUUAAUGAAACAAGAAAAUGAUUCCGUUAAACUAAUACCUAAGAAAAAAAAAUCAAAUACAAGUGAACUUUGGGAUCAUUUCCACCAAGUUUUUGUUAACAAUCAACAACAGCAAUACGUUUCGUGUAAUUCGUGCAAAGUCUUACUUUUAUUUACAUCUGCAAAUGGUACAAAUAAUAUGAAAACACAUUCGAAAUCAUGUAGUAAACCAGAUCAAACAAUUAGUAGUGGUCAAAAAAGCGUUACAGAAUUUUAUCCAUCAAUGAACAAUAUCCAAAUUCCACAGCGAAUUAAAUCAGCAGUAUUACGUGCAUGUUCAGAAUUUGCUGCUAUUGAUAAUAGAGCAUUCGAAACAAUGGCAGGUGAUGGAUGCAAAAUUCUUUUACAAGAAAUAUUUGAUGCUGGUCGUGUACUUAACAGAUCUUCAUUAGAUGUAGAUGCACUUAUUCCACAUCCUACUACGAUAAGUAGACAGAUAACUCGAAUUUAUGAUGGUGCAAAAAAACAAUUAGUUGACAAUUGUGAAAGAAUGGAUAGUUUUUGUAUUGUCGUCGACCAAUGGACUGAGAAAUACACCGGUCUAAGCUAUUGUGGUAUUUCUGUUCAUCAUACAGAUCGUGAUUUUCGUUUAUUUAAUUUUAUAUUGGGAUGUUAUCCAUACGAUGCUGAAUCUCAUUCUGCACAACAUCUUCGUGCAUUUGUUGAUCAAAAAUUAAAUGAAUAUAAAUUAUGUUUAGAUAAUUCAAAAUAUGUUGUUACCGAUAACGAAGCAAAGAUGUUAAGUGCUUUUCGUGAAAAUUGCACACGUAUUGGAUGUUCCGAUCAUUAUAUAAAUCGUCAAUUAAAACAUGCAUUUGAAUCUCAACAAAUUCAUGUUUCUAAAACUGUUAUUGAAAAUGUUAAUUGUGAUGCUAUUCAAGGUCUAUUUUUUACGAUAAAAAAUAUUGUUUCAUCUGUACGUCGUUCACAUAAACAACAAAUUCUAUCAAAGAAAUUACAAUCGUACAGUGAUACACGCUUUAAUGGUGCUCUAUACAUGCUAGAUGUUUUUCGUGAAUUAUUUGACGAAUUGCCGGCUGUUCUGAUUAGCAGUAAAUUAAUUGAUGCUUACCAAGAAAUUGAUAAACAAACAUUAGAUGAUGUAUGUGUUUUUCUUCAUCCUUUUGAAGAAGUAAUUGAAUCUUUAAGUGAAAAUAAAAAACCAUGUUUACAUCGUGUAAUUCCAUUAAAACAAUAUUUAUUAAACAAAUGUGAUUCUUUCCAAGGUGAUCAAACCAGUAUAAUCGAACUCAAAACAUUUUUAGGCCAUCGAAUUAAAGUUGCUUGGAUUAUUACUAAUGAGCACCGCCUAGCUACAAUAUUGCAUCCAAAAUUUAAAAAGUUUGAGAGUUGUGCUGACGAAAAGCAGGCUGCAAUAGAUGUGUUAAAAAAUGAAUUUGAUGUCCAUUAUGAUGCUAAUCUUGAUUCGAUAAAUUCUUUAUCACCUUCAACAACAACAAGUACAUCGAUGAUGAAAUUAGCUUCUGCAUCAUCUUCACAUGCUUCAAUUAAAUGUGCUUCUUCUGUACGGAAGGGUAUUUUAUCACAGUGUUUUGAUCAACAACCGAACGGAUUAAUAUCAUCAACAAACAGAUACCAAGAGGUUGACGAUUAUUUAAAUCGAGAUUUCUAUUUUAAGGAAGACGAGGAACAAGAUGGUGAUAUUGACGUUUUGGAUUUUUGGCGUAAACAACAGAAUUCAUUUCCAACAUUAUCAUUGAUUGCGAGGAAAAUUUUUGCAAUACCGGCGUCUAACACCACAGUUGAACGCCUGUUUUCAUCAUCAAAACUUAGUGUCGGUGAACGUAGAACGAAUUUAGGUGGUGAAAAGCUUAAUCAACUCAUGUUUCUUCAAAAAAACUUAGUUCUAUUGAAAGAGCUUCGUCAAGUCAAUAAAGUGCCAACAAAAAGAUCUAUUUCUGAUCAAGUUUCAAUGAUGUCUGAACAUCCAAGUGAAACAAUUGUCAAAAAGGCACGAGAAGAUAAUACACAUUCAUCAGAUGACGAAGGUGGGAAUAUAGAAUGGUGCUGA